AUGGUUAAGAAGAAUACUCCACCGCUUAUGCCAGUUUCAAAAGAAACUGAAAUUUAUGAAGAUGCUUAUGUUGCAUAUCGUCGUUUUGAGAAUGAAAAAUGUCUGGAACUUUUAAAUAAACUGGAUCAAAAUGAAAUUCAUGUUAUGGAAUUAAAAGCUCAGUUACUUUAUCGUUUAGGGAAGUAUACUGAGGCAUCAAAUGUCUACGAAAAACUUUUUCGUCAGUGUUCUGAUGAUUGGGAGGAUGAAAGAAAUGUUAAUUACAUGGCAACUUUUACGAUGCAAAGAAGUAUUAAAAAGAUUACUACAAAAAUUAAUCCUUCUUUAGAGACAUAUGAACAACAUUUUAACUAUGCUUGUUAUUUAAUUGAAGAUGAAAAUUAUACUGAAGCUAUUAAAUAUUUAGAAAAGGCACAAAAAAUGUGUAAGGAAAUUCUUUAUGAGGAUGGAUUUAGUGAUGAGGAAAUUGAAGAAGAAUUGGCUAUUAUUAGAGUUCAAAUAGCUUAUGCUUAUCAAAAAAUGCAUCUUAAAGAUAAGGCUCGUAUUGCUUAUGAAGCAAUUAAUAGGGAUCUCAUUAGUGAUUCUACAACUUUGAUUGUUUUGUUGAAUAAUUUACCAACAGUUCAGGAGAAAGUUAAUAUUAAUGAUACCAGAAAAAAGAUGAAAUCUGCUACAAAGUUAGACAUUCAUAAAUUAAAUAGAAACCAACAAGCCGUUUUAGCAUUCAACCAAGCUGUUAUUUCACAUCUAUCAAAAAGCCCAGAGCAAUUUAAGAAAGCACUUGAAAGUUAUAAAUCAAUUGCAGGUGAAACAGAUAAUUAUAAAUUAUUAUGCAUAGCUGAAUCUUUAAGAAGUAAAGACAAUUCAUGUUUAUCUGAAUGUUGUGGAUCUUUAAAAGAUGAAAAGCACAAGUUUUGGUUAAAUAUUCAAUCUUUAGUUCGAAACAAGGACUAUGUUGGAGCUACAAAAUAUGCACGAGAGUUUGUUCCCUCAGAUGUAAAGAAUACUCUGUCAUAUGCAGGAUUGUUAACAAGUUUAGAUAUUUUUAAUAAAUUUGAUAAUCCUGAAACUUCUCUUAUAAAUGUUGCAUUGGCUUUAGAAAAAACUAACAAAAUAUUAGCAAAAGAGGCCUAUGCUGCAGCGAUUAGAAUUUCCAAUCGUUACAAGAAAGGAAAUUCGAAUAUACCUGUUAUUGAAUCUUUACUAUCUACUGAUGACAAGUCAACUAUCGUUGGUCUUAUCAAAGCUCUUUCUCGAAAUAAUUUUACAGAAGCUGAUGAAAUAGCUAAAAAAUAUUUAAGUUCAAUUAAUUCUCCUUCUACAAAACUUAUCGAUGUUGAUGCCAUAGAAAAUGAUGAUUCAAUAUUAUAUACUCAGAAAUCAAAAAUUGGUAAAGUUGACGCUUCUCAUGAUACUGACAAAAAUCGCAGUGAUGAUAUUGAGAAGGUUAAAAAACGAGUUCAUAGAAAACGCAAGCCUAAACUUCCAAAGAAUUAUGAUCCAAGUAAAACACCCGAUCCUGAGAGGUGGUUACCAAAAUAUGAAAGAACAUCUAAGAAAAAUACCAGCAAAAAAUUGAGAGAUAAAAAUAUCGGAAAAGGAUCACAGGGAGUUUCUACCGGAGAAAACAUGGACUACUCAAACAGACCUGCCACUUUUAAUAAUACUCCACAAUCUCCGCCACAGGGUCCACGCCAACAGCAAAAGAAUAACAUUACAAAGAAGAAGAAAAAGGGAAGAAAGUAA